GGAACAGAGAGCAAGAAGAGCAAAAAGGAAGAGCGCUCGGCUUAAAACAAAAGGAAAAGAAGUCGAGGGGUUUCCUGGCCACCGUCAGCACGAGCCUAUGAGCUGUCAGGGGCCCCGGGUUUAAAAAGCAGGGGCUGGAGGUUUGAGGAGACACUCCUUCCCAGCGUCGAGGUGUGCUCUGAAGUCUCUGCAGCUCGGGAUGUGUUUGUUUUACAGCCGGGCCCCCGGCGUGCUGCUCCUCCUGGCCCACCUCCUUCUGAGCACCAGUCUGGAGCCCGUGGCUGAAUGGGAGAAGGAACCGGCGUACUGGAACCAUCAGGCCAGACGCACGCUACAGACGGCCCUCACGCUGCCACUGCGAGCGCAUCGCACCAAAAACAUCGUCCUCUUCCUCGGAGACGGGAUGGGAGUGUCGACGGUGUCAGCCGCCCGGAUACUGAGAGGUCAGAUGGAGGGACAGUCAGGGGAGGAGACGCUUUUGACCAUGGAUACGUUUCCAUAUGUCGCCCUGUCCAAGACGUACAGUGUUGACAGGCAGGUGGCGGACAGCGCUAGCACAGCUACGGCGUACCACUGCGGUGUGAAGGCUAACGCCAAGACGGUGGGUUUGAGCGCUAAAGCAGUGGCCUAUGCGUGCAACACCACUUUUGGCAACGAGGUUUUCUCAGUGUUACACCGUGCCAAAGCACAAGGAAAGUCUGUCGGCAUCGUGACCACCACCAGAGUGCAGCAUGCAUCGCCCGCUGCCGCGUACGCCCACUCGGUGAGCCGCAGCUGGUACAGCGAUGCAGAUGUGCCCUCCGAUGCCCGCCGGCAGGGCUGCACCGAUAUCGCCACGCAGCUGGUGACCAACACUGAUAUUGAUGUAAUUCUUGGCGGUGGCCGAAUGUACAUGACACCCAAGGGUACCCCUGAUCCAGAAUACCCCUCUUCAUCUUCUCGCAAAGGGACUCGCAAAGACAAAAAGAACCUCAUUGAUGUCUGGUUGAAAUCUCGUAAGGGAAGAAAUGCGCAGUAUGUCUGGAACAAAGAGCAGCUUAAUGCAGUGAAUAUUAAAACAACAGACCGCCUGAUGGGUCUGUUUGAACCCAAGGACAUGAGGUUUGAAGUGUUCAGGAAUCGCACACGUGACCCCUCUAUUGUGGACAUGACAGAGAAAGCCAUUCAAAUCCUCAGCAAGAAUCCCAAAGGGUUUUUUCUCUUUGUGGAAGAUGAGUAUUUAACAUUUACUCUGGUGUUACAGUUUAAAGAUAUUCUGCUAAUAGUGAAACAUGCCUUUCUUUGUGCUUUACGAGGUAGAAUAGACCAUGGACACCAUGAUGGGGUAGCCAAGCUUGCUCUGACCGAAACCAUCAUGUUUGACCGUGCAAUCCAGAGAGCAUCUGAGCUGACCAGUGAAUCGGACACUCUCACUGUUGUCACUGCAGAUCAUUCCCAUGUCUUCACUUUUGGUGGAAAUACCCCCAGAGGCAACCCUAUUUUUGGUCUGGCACCCAAGAAGGCUGAGGAUAAUCUUCCAUACACUAGUAUCUUGUAUGCUAAUGGACCAGGAUAUGCUCAAGUAAACGGAACAAGAGGAAAUGUUUCAGAAGUGGAUUAUUUUGAUGAAGAGUACAUGCAACAAGCGGCUGUUCCUUUAGAAUCAGAGACACAUGGUGGGGAAGAUGUGGCUAUCUACGCAAAAGGCCCUAUGGCUCAUCUCUUUCACGGAGUCAAAGAACAGAAUUAUGUGGCCCAUGCGAUGGCUUAUGCAGCGUGUCUAGAGCCAUACAAUAACUGUCCACUACAUCUUCAUGGCUCAGAAGGCUGUAAAAUAACUCUUUCAAUACCUCUUAUCUCAAUAACCGGCGUGUUUUGGCUUGUCAUGAGAUGACAGAUUCUGCUGCAUGAGUGAUUGAGGCCCCAGGACUCUUUGGGGCUUUUUUGAGAUUUAUAACCCAAAUAGUUUAUAUUGUAAUUUGGUGCUCUUAGGAAUUGCAAUGUUGUGUAUAUAAAUGUAAAAAAAAAAUUAUGGAUGUAUUUUAUAAUCAGAUAUUUUUGUAUAUAUUGGACUGUGACUAUAAAUUUCAAACAUGUUAGACCAAUAA